ACAGCAGACUGUGCCUUCUAGCAGCUCGUGGGUAUUGUUGCAUUGCAGGCGAUCACUUUUUUCUCUCCCCUCUCUCGUCUCCCGUCUCUCUCUCCCGAAAGAAUAAAGCAACCAAAGCGAACAAAAGAGGGCACAGGACAGCGCUGGUGUUGGAUAAUAGGGACGACCGUGGGGCAGCAGGCGUUCUGUUCUUCUCCCCUUCUUCUCCCUCUCCCUGUCUUUUCUUUUCUUUCUGCUAAUAGAUGUAUAUGGGGACGGGGGGCUUUUUAAAUUGGGCAGAAGUCUGAGGGUCUUACCCCCCCCCUCCCCAAAACGCUUUUGAAUUUUUGGGGUGUUUGGUUCUCCGCUCGUGCAUGUUCAAAUCCGUGGUGGAGUGUAUAACAGCGGAGCUGUUCGGUCGGCCGAACUUUUUAGUUGCGCGAGCCAGCGGCUGCACAAGGAAGGCAGAGGCAUGAUUCUCAGACGGAGUUCCAGAAUCGCAGCGGCGUUCUCCAUCCAUGUCUUCCUGCAGUGUUUGUGGGUUAAGGUGUCUGUGGCGUCUGGAUUCUUUGAGCUACAGAUACUCGCCAUGCAGAACGUCAACGGCGAACUCCAGAGUGGCUUGUGCUGUGAUGGAACGCGGGACGCCGGCGACAGCAAGUGCUCGCAGGACGAAUGCGAUACUUACUUCCGAGUUUGCCUAAAGGAAUACCAGUCUAGGGUCUAUGCAGCUGGACCGUGUAGUUUUGGCAGCGGAUCUACGCCUGUUAUCGGUGGGAAUACUUUUGCUCUGCGCUCCAGCGCCAAGACUGACAAAUCCCGGAUUGUUCUGCCCUUCAGCUUCGCCUGGCCGAGGUCAUACACCUUGAUCGUAGAGGCUCUGGACUUCAACAAUGACACAGCUACAAGCAACGGCGAGGUGAUAGAGCGAGCGGUCCAGUCGGGCAUGAUCAACCCCAACCGCCAGUGGCAGGUUCUGAAGCACAACGGGCCCGUGGGCCAGUUCGAGUACCAGAUCCGGGUCACCUGCGACGAGCACUACUACGGCUUCGGCUGCAACAAGUUCUGCCGGCCCCGCGACGAGUUCUUUGGCCAUUACACCUGCGACCACAACGGAAACAAGACCUGUCUGGAAGGCUGGUCGGGCCCCGAGUGCAACACUGCUAUCUGCAGACAAGGAUGCAGUGUGGAGCAUGGCACCUGCAAAGUACCCGGAGAGUGCAAGUGUCAGUAUGGGUGGCAGGGGGAGUAUUGUGAUAAGUGCAUCCCUCAUCCUGGCUGCAUGCACGGCACUUGUGUGGAGCCUUGGCAGUGUCUCUGUGACACCAACUGGGGAGGUCAACUAUGUGACAAAGACCUGAACUACUGUGGCACUCGUCAGCCCUGUUUGAAUGGGGGCACGUGCAGCAACACGGGGCCGGAUAAGUACCAGUGCGCCUGCCCCGACGGAUACUCGGGCGUCAACUGCGAGAGGGCGGAGCAUGCGUGUCUGUCUGAGCCGUGCUUCAAUGGGGGCAGCUGUAUGGAGACGCUGCAGGGCUUCGAGUGCCAGUGUUCUCCCGGCUGGACCGGACCGUCCUGCUCCAUCAAUGAGGAUGACUGUGCUCCUAACCCCUGCAGCCAUGGGGGUGUCUGUGAGGAUCUGGUCAACGGCUUCAAGUGCAACUGUCCCUCCCAGUGGACUGGCAAAACCUGCCUCAUCGACGCCAACGAGUGUGAGGGCGACCCAUGUGUAAACGCCAACUCCUGCCGCAAUCUGAUUGGUGGAUACUUCUGCGAGUGCCUCCCUGGUUGGACGGGGCUGAACUGUGACGUCAAUGUGAAUGACUGCCAUGGUCAGUGUCUAAAUGGAGGGACCUGCAAGGACCUGGUGAAUGGCUACCGAUGUGCGUGUGCGGCGGGCUACGCUGGUGAGCACUGUGAGAAGGACGUGAAUGAGUGCGCUAGCUCCCCCUGCCUGAACGGAGGGAGGUGCCAGGACGAGGUCAACGGCUUCCAGUGCCUCUGCCACCCCGGCUUCUCGGGAAACCUGUGUCAGCUGGACAUAGACUACUGUAAGCCUAGUCCGUGCCAAAACGGUGCCCAGUGCUUCAACCUGGCCAACGACUACUUCUGCAACUGCCCUGAAGACUACGAGGGCAAGAAUUGCUCCCACCUCAAGGACCACUGCCGCACCACCCCCUGCCAGGUGAUUGACAGCUGCACGGUUGCCGUGGCGUCCAACAGCACCCCGGGCGGCGUGCGGCUCAUCUCGUCCAACGUGUGCGGCCCUCACGGCCGAUGCAGGAGCCACGCCGGGGGACACUUCAGCUGCGCCUGCCAGGAAGGCUUCACCGGCACCUACUGCCACGAGAACAUCAAUGACUGUGAGAGUAACCCGUGCCGCAAUGGGGGGACGUGCAUCGACAAGGUCAGCCGGUACCAGUGCAUCUGUGCAGAUGGCUGGGAGGGACCCAACUGUGAGACCAAUAUCGAUGACUGCAGUAUAAACCCGUGUCGCGAUCGAGGCACAUGUCGUGACCUUGUCAACGACUUCUAUUGCGAAUGUCACAGCGGUUGGAAGGGGAAGACAUGUCACUCUCGUGAGAGCCAAUGUGACGAAGCCACGUGCAACAACGGCGGGACGUGCUACGACGAGGGGGACACCUUCAAGUGCAUGUGUGCCCCAGGGUGGGAGGGAACCACCUGCAACAUAGCCAAGAACAGCAGCUGCAUGCCUAGUCCGUGUGAGAACGGGGCCACCUGCGUCGUCAGUGGCGACAGCUUCACCUGCGUCUGCAAGGAGGGUUGGGAGGGCCUCACCUGCACCCAGAACUCCAAUGACUGCAACCCACAUCCCUGCUACAACAGUGGGACGUGUGUGGACGGAGACAACUGGUACCGCUGUGAGUGUGCGCCGGGAUUCGCUGGACCCGACUGCAGAAUAAACAUAAACGAGUGCCAGUCAUCUCCCUGUGCGUUUGGUGCCACCUGCCUUGACGAGAUCAAUGGAUACAGGUGCCUGUGCCCGCCUGGCAGAACUGGACCCAAGUGCCAAGAAGUGACAGGGCGCCCGUGCAUGACAACAAGCUCCCAGGAGGCUGCCGACGGCACCAAGUGGAUGGAGGACUGCAACACCUGCCAGUGCCACAACGGCAAAAUCACCUGCUCUAAGAUGCAUUGCGGGCCCCGGUCCUGUCGCGUCCAUGCCAAGGGCCGAUCCGAGUGCCCCGCGGGCCAGACCUGUUUGCCGGUGAGGGACGACCGCUGCUUCGUGAAGCCCUGCUCCAGCCUGGGCGAGUGCUGGUCUCAUCGGGGCCAGUUGCGCACCAGGUGCCAGCCCGAGGGCAACUGUGCCAACGUGACCUUCACUUUCAACAAGGACACCAUGCACAAGGGUGUGACGGUGGAGCAGAUCUGUAAUGAGCUGCGGAGUCUGUACGUGGUGAGGAACCUCUCCUCCGAGUUCCCCAUCGCCAUGAGCUGCGAGCCCUCCCUCACCGCCAACAACGAGAUCCUUGUAGCCAUUUCGACUGAAGACCCCCGGAGUAGCCACGGCCCCAUCAAGGAAAUCACGGACAAAAUCAUCGACCUGGUGAGCAAGCGCAACGGCAACAGCACCAUCAUCACGGCCAUCGCAGAGGUCCGAGUGCAGCGCAGACAGGCCCACAGCCCCACCGGUAAGACAAUACAUUACCUGGUGCCCCUGCUGGUAUCCGUAGUGAUUGUGAUCUGGGUGCUGGUGUUGAGCUCGGCGUUCCUCUGGUGCGUUCGCCGCCGCCGCAAGCAGAGCAGCCACGCGGGCCACGGCUCCCCAGCCAACCCCGUCUCCUCCUCCGGCUCGGGCUCCUCCGCGUCCUCCUCCCUCGCCAUGUCUGAGGAGAACAACGCCGUCAACAAUGCCCGUGAGCAGCUGCACCAGAUCCGGAACCCCAUCGAGAAGAACGCCAACGCCAACGCCCUCGCCAUUGCCGUAGCCGCGGCGACCGCAUCGGGGGCCGCGCUCCCUCCCGGGAAGGACCCACUCGGCAAUGGCAGCAGCGGCAACGGCAACUCGCAUGACAAGAACACGGCGGCCAAGAACGCCCAGCAAAAAAUCAGGACAUCACACGCGAGCAGCAAGCCCCACCACCACCUUGCCAACGAGCCCGCGGCAGACCUGUCCGACGAUGAGGAGUCCCCGUCGCCCGUGGCGACCGGAGACAAGCGACUGCAGAAGGCUCGGUUCCCUCUACAGCCGGCGUACACACUGGUGGAUCGCGAGGAGAAAAGCGCCAACGGUGUGGCUACGAAUGCUAACGCUAAUGCUAAUUCCGCCACUGCUGCUGCUUCUGCUGUCGCUGCUAACAAACAUGCUCACUGGACCAGCAAGAGGGAUAACAGAGACUUGGAGUCACAGCAGAGUCUGAAUCGCAUGGAGUACAUCGUAUAGCCAACCAUCAACCAACAACUACCACCAUACUGUGCCCCCAUGUUUUCCCAUCUCUCUGAAGUCCCAACACCUCAUCUUGUGUCCACCCAUUUUGAAAUGUAACAACAGCGGGUGUGGAGUGUACCCUGUUCAAACAUCGCAAUGGGACUGAUGGGAUAAACCCCCCUCGUUGAACUAUUACACGGGUCUCCGAAGAUGCCUUGGUCAGCAGUCACAAUGGGUGUAGAGCACCUUGUUGAAAUAUGACAGCGGGUCGAGCGUAGUGCCCGUUAAACUCUCACAAAGGGUGACGUGUACACCAAUUGAAGUACGACAACAGGUGUAAAAUCUGGUCAACACCAUAUAAACGUUUUUGGAUGUGUGUGUUUAGGGGGAGAGAAUUAGUUCAAAUGGAUGGGUCCUGUUGCAUUUUGUGGUGGGAAGCUGCAGAAAAAAAAGGUGUGCAUUGGGUUCGAGAAUUGACAUGGCGAUGGAAUGAUUGAAUAAGCUGCGAAUGACAGCAGAACAAAAAUGGGAAGAAGCGUUAUCAUCAAAACCUACGUAUAAUUUAAAUUUAAAAUUUAACAUGAUGAACAAAAUCAAAGUAGCAAAACAAACAGAAGUGAACUCUUCUUUAGAAAGUAUAUCCAGACAAGCCGGCUCACUCCGGCAAACGGAAAAAAAGAAACACAAAAUAGUAAACAAACAAAAAAGAAGUUUAAAAAAAAGGUUAAAAGGGUGUCGCUGUGAUGUGGCAGGCCAGCAAUGCUGGUACGGUGAGGUCUGGUUAUGUUGCAUAAUGGGCACAAACACAGGAGCCCCGAGUGAUGUGCAACCAAAGAUGGCAGUUAUGCCACGACAUAGGUAUAGAACACUAGAUGUCAUGCUGACCACCGCUUUGUACUAGAACGAAUGACUCAAGUCAAAUCGCAAACCUGUGUUUAGCCGGUAUAACACUGCCAUCAGUUGGUGACAAGGCGAUGCGCUCCUUAUCCUACAGGGGGCGAUAAAACAACAUCUAUGGAAAGAUAGCAUACCAGACGACCAGGGGGAUAUGCUAAGAAGCUGGUUCAGUAGUAAACCAGGUUAAGUUAACCUUGUGGUAGAGGUAGAUCAUCUAAUAGCAGAGCCUUGUGUCAUCAUUUUCUGAACUAAAUGAUGCCUGCAGGUAUGUCUAUUAGCAGGUUUACCACUUCCUGUACGUUAACUAAGCCUGGUUUAUCCCUUAACCACGAUCUUAGGGUACUGGACCAAGAUGACAGCGCCCAAGGUUGGGCCAUGGCAAAAAGACUGAACGUGGCAUCAAGUGAUAUACAUCUGUGAUGCCGGAAGAUGUGGCAGUUCACGUCUAUGCUAGCACAGUGGGGAUUGGUUACAGGGCUGCAUGCAGGUGGUUAUCGUUAGCGUAUGACUGACGUCGUUACACCUAAUGGCCUUGUGGUUGGUCCUUGCACAAGGGCGACUUAUCCUGUCUGUGUAAAGAGGGGACUUGUUUCCACAGCCUUUUGUGCAAUCAAAUUGACAAUAGACAUGGCAUAUCCAUCUACCAUCAAAUCCACAAAGGUCAAAGUUAAAACAUCGAGUAGCUUAUUAAUGUCAGACAAGCUGUCAUCGCGCAAAAGUGCCUUCACCACACCCGUGCCCCAGCAACCCAUCGGAUAGAGUCUAUUAUUAUUUAUUGUCACGGUUUUUAUAAUAUUAAACUUUAAGAGUUUUUUGCUUUUUUCCUUCGAAUCUUAAUUGUUGCUUUGCUUUUCGUUUUUGAGUUUUCUUUAACUUUCUUUAGACGGGAAAUGAGUGUAUUCCCCGACACCAUAGCUGCUAACCACAUUAGCUACGUUGUUGGUUACAAUGCAAUUUGCCUUUUUCACAAUAAUGUCAAAAAAAGUUUUGUUUUGAAGCGAAGCAGGAAAAAUUACGGUUUCCUUAGAAAACAGUGGGAUGUAAGUUUAUGUCUAUGCCUCCGAAUGCUACUUGCCCUGCUUCAAAUGCAUUGAAUUCAGGUCGUCAAGGAAGCCAAGAUGAAAUUCAGUCAAUUAGUAAUUCUGCAAUUGCAAGUCUGGUGUGGCACAGAGCAGGACUUGGGACCACUUUCUUGCACAAAUGUGAGUUGGGCACAUGCUAUCGUGCACGUACAUGUUGUUGGAUAAUGACUGAUGUCGCAUUUGAGGGCAAAGCCACGCACGUUCACGAGACACCACUACUAUGUGUCGUACUACUACUAGUCACUCUCUCCAGUUGCAUCAAUACCUCCAUGAAGCGGUGUCUGACAUCAUGUGAAAAAGGUCAUUUACACAUUGGCAACCAACAAAGUAUGCUAACUGGCUAGCAACACUGUUUCUUUUCUUUUCUUUUCUAGUCUUUUCUUUCUUAGGCAGGCUGGCCGGUCAAGCAGACAGAGUCAAAGUCAGCUGCUGCUGACAAUAUGAAGAAUUUAGAAUGUCUUGUGUCAAAUCUAGAAUGUUUGUGUAGAUAUGUACAUAUUUUUUAAAAAAUUAAUCAUUGUGUAUAUUUGAUUUAUUAACUUAAUAAUCAAGAGCCUUAAAAAGAUAUCAUUCCCUUCUGUUGUUUUUUUUUUUCUUCCUCUCUCUUUCUUUAUUUAUAUGCUUUUGUUUAGAUUUGAAGGUUUGACAGCUUUGUAAGCUCGCAACUUCUUUUUUUGACAGAAAAUAUUGUUUCAACAUUUCGUAAAAUGCCAAAAGUGUUCUUGAGAUAAUAGUUUAUUUUUAGAUUGGGCAUUUGUUUGCCCGGAAUUUUAAAAAGCAACAACCUUUACACAUUUCUCUGUAAGACAUGUGCACUAAAGCACACACAUGCUGACGCACACACACACACACAUGUGCGCGCCUGCGCACACACACACACACACACGCGCGCGUGCGCGCGCACACACACACACACACCAAAAGUUUUGUACAGUGACUUUCAAAACAAUUUCAAUGGAUUGUAUUUUUUGCCAGGACUGUUUUGUAAUUAUGUACAUGUUGAUGAAGACUUAGAUAGGGUUAAGGAAUAAUCUGGGUCAGAUUUUUUUGGGGGGGCAAGGGUGGGAUGGAGUGGGGGUGUGAAAUUGUCCCUACUUUGGGUCAAUAAGACUGCUCUGGUAAUAGAGUUUUGUAGAAUGAUUUUUCUCAACUUAGACCGGAGAUUAAAAAAAUACACAAUUGUAAGGGAAGAAAACAGCAAAUAGAACAACAAAAUGAUCUGGAAUGAAGCAAAUGCAAGUAUAUUAAAUAAAAUCACUGGGUAAAAUUACUGGCAUUAUUGUACAGACAUACACAUGACAACACCACUACAGCAGAACUCUUCAGCCAAUGUGCUAUGAAAGAAAUGGAACAAAUAACUAGCCAAAACUGAACCGAAAAGUAAAUACACUUCCAAUUCAAUUUAGUGAAUCCGUGUCUCUACAGCACAGUGUGAGAAAUUGCUAUUUGCAAAGACAGAAUUCUAAGCAUUCGUCACGAGACAUACAGAAUUCAAUACCAAGAAGCGAACAAAAGGUUCCCAUUGGAACUGUUUUUCCCCUGUCUUUGUUUCCCACAGGGGCUUAAAUUGUUGAUGCGCCACACUGCUCUGCCAAGACAGUGGUUUUUACCCCUAGCCUACCCCCCUGGUGAUGUUGUGGUUGCAGCCAGUUGACCCUAUGCCCGAGAGGAGCAUUCAGCAAGCAUAACAACUGCAUGCCGAACAUUACCCAAACGUUCGCAAAACAUUUCCCUAACGUUUGUAACGUUUGCACAACGAUUGCAGCUUAGUGGAAAGUGUGAAAAGGUUGAUGUUGUUUGUGCUUAUUUGGAGAAAAAAAAUGUUACUGCGCUAUUGUUUAAAAGUUGUUGGGCAGACUUAAACAAAUAAUCAAAUAAGAUAAAUGAAUUACUCUACCCCGUGUUUUGGAAUCUGGAAUUUGGAGUUCGGAAUCUGGAAUUUGUGGAAUGUGGUCCCACAGUCGUUUCAACCAUAUGGACUGUUAUGAUUGAUAUCACUACACAUUUCAUCUGUAAACUUGAGAAUGAAUCCAUGUUGUUUCUUAGAGAAGCAUUCCUGGCAAUAAUUUGUGUAUUCUUUAUGAUUUCUUUUUUUGUUUUAUUUUUUUUUUGUUUGGAUGUUGUCAU